AUGCCCCCAACGCCGGCUCUCCGCAAGCACUUUCCCGAAGUCUGGCCCGUUUGGGGCGCUCCCCGGGGACCGCUGGCCGGCCACCCUCUGGGGGAGGGCUGUGCCCGGCCCGAGGCCCGAAGGCUGCUCAAAGCCCCAGACCCCGAGACCCGUAGCGAUUCCCCACGCUGCGCCCCGGGGGCGCCAGGCCUCGGAGGCAGGCAGGUCCGCGAGGGCGCCGGAGGAUCAGCGCUGACACUCCGGAGACAAGAGUCGCCUAAGCCGCAGAGCCUUCGCGAAUAUGGCUUUGCGCACUGCGGCGGGGCUGCGCCGCAACCGAGCUUGGUUUGUAGCUCCUCCCCUUCGCCCCGUGCGGAUUGGUGGCGGACGGCAUCCCGGCUGCUGAUUGGGCAAAGAAGGAGCCAUUCGGGGCGGCUCUGGUGGGUUCGUCUGCCCCAGAGUGAUAAGUUCGGCUUCAGACACGCCUCAGCGCCAGCAGCGAGUUGGAGCUCUAUGGAGGUGGCGGCGAUUCUCGGUGAAGGUUUUUCAAUUCUCCCAUCCCCUCCCCUCCCCACCCCAUCCAUUAAUAUUAUUCUUUUGAAGAUUCUUCGUUGUCAAGCCGCCAAAGUGGAGAGUGCGAUUGCAGAAGGGGGUGCUUCUCGUUUCAGUGCUUCUUCGGGCGGAGGAGGAAGUAGGGGUGCACCUCAGCACUAUCCCAAGACUGCUGGCAACAGCGAGUUCCUGGGGAAAACCCCAGGGCAAAACGCUCAGAAAUGGAUUCCUGCACGAAGCACUAGACGAGAUGACAACUCCGCAGCAAACAACUCCGCAAAUGAAAAAGAACGACAUGAUGCAAUCUUCAGGAAAGUAAGAGGCAUACUAAAUAAGCUUACUCCUGAAAAGUUUGACAAGCUAUGCCUUGAGCUCCUCAAUGUGGGUGUAGAGUCUAAACUCAUCCUUAAAGGGGUCAUACUGCUGAUUGUGGACAAAGCCCUAGAAGAGCCAAAGUAUAGCUCACUGUAUGCUCAGCUAUGUCUGCGAUUGGCAGAAGAUGCACCAAACUUUGAUGGCCCAGCAGCAGAGGGUCAACCAGGACAGAAGCAAAGCACAACAUUCAGACGCCUCCUAAUUUCCAAAUUACAAGAUGAAUUUGAAAACCGAACCAGAAAUGUUGAUGUCUAUGAUAAGCGUGAAAACCCCCUCCUUCCUGAGGAGGAGGAACAGAGAGCCAUUGCUAAGAUCAAGAUGUUGGGGAACAUCAAAUUCAUUGGAGAACUUGGCAAGCUUGAUCUUAUUCAUGAAUCUAUCCUUCAUAAGUGCAUCAAAACACUUUUGGAAAAGAAGAAGAGAGUCCAACUCAAAGAUAUGGGAGAGGAUUUGGAGUGCCUCUGUCAGAUAAUGAGGACAGUGGGGCCUAGAUUAGACCACGAACGAGCCAAGUCCUUAAUGGAUCAGUACUUUGCCAGAAUGUGCUCCUUGAUGUUAAGUAAGGAAUUGCCAGCGAGGAUUCGUUUCCUGCUGCAGGAUACAGUAGAGUUGCGAGAACACCAUUGGGUUCCUCGCAAGGCUUUUCUUGACAAUGGACCAAAGACGAUCAAUCAAAUCCGUCAAGACGCAGUAAAGGAUUUAGGAGUGUUUAUUCCUGCUCCUAUGGCUCAAGGGAUGAGAAGUGACUUCUUUUUGGAGGGACCGUUUAUGCCACCCCGGAUGAAAAUGGAUAGGGACCCACUUGGAGGACUUGCUGAUAUGUUUGGACAAAUGCCAGGCAGCGGAAUUGGUACUGGUCCAGGAGUUAUCCAGGAUAGAUUUUCACCCACCAUGGGACGUCAUCGUUCAAAUCAACUCUUCAAUGGCCAUGGGGGACACAUCAUGCCUCCCACACAGUCGCAGUUUGGAGAGAUGGGAGGCAAGUUUAUGAAAAGCCAGAUUAGUUUGAGGCCUGCUCAAUCGUUCCUAAUGAAUAAAAAUCAAGUGCCAAAGCUUCAGCCCCAGAUAACUAUGAUUCCUCCUAGUGCACAACCACCACGCACUCAAACACCUCCUCUGGGACAGACUCCUCAGCUUGGUCUCAAAACUAAUCCACCACUUAUCCAGGAAAAGCCUGCCAAGACCAGCAAAAAGCCACCACCAUCAAAAGAAGAACUACUUAAACUAACUGAAACUGUUGUGACUGAAUAUCUGAAUAGUGGAAAUACAAAUGAGGCUGUCAAUGGUGUACGAGAAAUGAGAGCUCCUAAACACUUUCUUCCUGAGAUGUUAAGCAAAGUGAUCAUCCUGUCACUAGAUAGAAGUGACGAAGAUAAAGAAAAAGCAAGUUCUUUGAUUAGCUUACUCAAACAGGAAGGAAUAGCUACAAGUGACAACUUCAUGCAGGCUUUCCUGAAUGUAUUGGACCAGUGCCCCAAACUGGAGGUUGACAUCCCGCUGGUGAAAUCAUAUUUAGCACAGUUUGCAGCUCGUGCCAUCAUUUCAGAGCUGGUGAGCAUUUCAGAACUAGCUCAACCAUUGGAGAGUGGCACCCAUUUCCCUCUCUUCUUACUUUGCCUUCAGCAGUUGGCUAAAUUACAAGAUCGAGAAUGGUUAACAGAACUUUUUCAACAAAGCAAGGUCAAUAUGCAGAAAAUGCUCCCAGAAAUAGAUCAGAAUAAGGACCGAAUGUUGGAGAUUUUGGAAGGAAAGGGACUAAGUUUCUUAUUCCCACUCCUCAAAUUGGAGAAGGAACUUUUGAAGCAAAUAAAAUUGGAUCCAUCCCCUCAAACCAUAUAUAAAUGGAUUAAAGACAACAUCUCUCCCAAACUUCAUGUAGAUAAAGGAUUUGUGAACAUCUUGAUGACUAGCUUCUUACAGUAUAUUUCUAGUGAAGUAAGCCCACCCAGCGAUGAAACAGAUUCUUCCUCUGCUCCUUCCAAAGAACAGUUAGAGCAGGAAAAACAACUGCUGCUUUCUUUCAAGCCAGUGAUGCAGAAAUUCCUUCACGAUCACGUUGAUCUACAGGUCAGUGCCCUGUAUGCUUUGCAGGUGCACUGUUACAACAGCAACUUCCCAAAAGGCAUGUUACUCCGUUUUUUUGUUCACUUCUAUGACAUGGAAAUUAUUGAAGAGGAAGCUUUCUUGGCUUGGAAAGAAGAUAUAACCCAAGAGUUUCCAGGGAAAGGCAAGGCUUUGUUCCAGGUGAAUCAGUGGCUAACCUGGCUAGAAACUGCUGAAGAAGAAGAAUCAGAGGAAGAAGCUGACUAAAAGAACCAGCCAAAGCCUUAAAUUGUGCAAAACAUACUGUUGCUAUGAUGUAACUGCAUUUGACCUAACCACUGCGAAAAUUCAUUCCGCUGUAAUGUUUUCACAAUAUUUAAAGCAGAAGCACGUCAGUAAGGGUUACCUUCUGCAUAAGGUUUUUUUGUAGUGUAAUGUCUUAAUCAUAGUCUACCAUCAAAUAUUUUAGGAGUAUCUUUAAUGUUUAGAUAGUAUAUUAGCAGCAUGCAAUAAUUACAUCAUAAGUUCUCAAGCAGAGGCAGUCUAUUGCAAGGACCUUCUUUGCUGCCAGUUAUCAUAGGCUGUUUUAAGUUAGAAAACUGAAUAGCAACACUGAAUACUGUAGAAAUGCACUUUGCUCAGUAAUACUUGAGUUGUUGCAAUAUUUGAUUAUCCAUUUGGUUGUUACAGAAAAAUUCUUAACUGUAAUUGAUGGUUGUUGCUGUAAUAGUAUAUUGCCUGUAUUUCUACCUCUAGUAAUGGGCUUUAUGUGCUAGAUUUUAAUAUCCUUGAGCCUGGGCAAGUGCACAAGUCUUUUUAAAAGAAACAUGGUUUACUUGCACAAAGCUGAUCAGUUUUGAGAGAUCGUUAAUGCCCUUGGUGGUUUUUGUGGGUGUGAAACAAAUGGUGAGAAUUUGAAUUGGUCCCUCUUAUUAUAGUAUUGAAAUUAAGUCUACUUAAUUUAUCAAGUCAUGUUCAUGCCCUGAUUUUAUAUACUUGUAUCUAUCAAUAAACAUUGUGAUACUUGA